AUGAAGAAUGAUCUUGACCGCUUUUCUAUACUUUCGUCGAGUAUCAUCAGUAUUCAACCCACUCAUGAACACGAGCGCGCUAUCGCCCGUGUGUACAUCAGAUCGCUCGACAAAGCCCUCCAAUUCCACCAUCGAUCUUGGUCAUUAUUGUUACAAUUCUCAAACCUCGGUGGGCGCCCGUCCGGAGGCGUUGGAGCUGGGUUGGUCACGCCGAUCUUCCUGGGAUCGCUUGCAAGUCCAUAG